CAACGGUGAAAUCUUCUUCCCUCAUCUAUUCUUAAAGAGUCUUUGUAAGAGCACACACAGUACAACCAUAUCCGUACGAGAUUAUAUAUAUAAGUCCUACCAACUCUACUACCAUCAGACAACCAUGGCAACUUCACAACCUUCACAACCGUUACAACCUACCACGCCAGGCCAAACGUCAAGGCCAGAUGCCGAUGCUGUCCUUGAUGUUGCCUCUUACAACAGGGGAGACUUUGAACUACCCGUCGUGACGGUGCAUCCCAGCCAGCACGACGGCGUGCGGUCCACCGUGUUCCAGCGCCUGGGGCGGCCGCAUGACUACGACCUGGGCCGCCUGGGCCGCCUCCCCUUCGAGAUUGUGUCGCUCAUCUGCCUCGAGCUGGACGUCUCGUCCGCCGUCCGCUUCAGCCAUGUCAACCGUACCGCCCGCGAGGUGCUCGCCUCCAUCCGCGAGUUCCGCCACCUCGGCGCCCACGCGCUCGAGUGCCUUUGCGUGCUCCUACGGACCGGCCUCGCGCCCCACGUGGGCAUCCUGGACGUCUACUCGGCCCUCACCACCCAGCACUGCGCCCUGUGCGGCUCCUUCGCCGGCUUCUGCUUCCUCCCCACCGCGACCCGCUGCUGCCUCACCUGCGUCGCCUCAGCGCCCGCCACGCAGAUGAGCUACCUGAGCCGGGUGGCCGACGCCGCGGGCUGCUCACGCACCGACCUGGAGCGGCGGCUGCCAGUGCUGCACACUCUCCCAGACAGACGCAGGUGCAUUGUCGCGGCGCAGCACGCCCUCCAGUCGCUCCGCGAGGCCGGGCUGGAGGACCCCGAGGAGGCCAUCAGCCGGUGGCCCGACUCGCUGACCUUGAGGUUCCAGGCGGCCACCAGCCUGCCUUUCCUGGACCGGGCCACGGGCCAGGCCGAGCCGGGAGUCUCGUGCAAGGGGUGCCAAAUCGCAUUCGAGAGCGACUUCUCGGAUGACCACCUCGAGCUCCGGGACCGCUUCUAUUCAAAGUCGGGCUUCUUGGAGCACUUUGACGAUUGCGAGCCGGCUCAGAAGCUGUGGAGCUCCAGCCAGCAGGGUACGGCCCCCGUAGAGGAGCCGCAGUGGACAGGCCUGGGCAGGACCUUUACAGCGCCGUGUGGACGACGGCAUUCGCUUGCUCGGUCAGAGCCGGGAGGAGCCAUGCGUUCUUGGCUACCGCCGCCCGGCCUGGCGCACCGCUCAUUGCCAUCGCCAUUCCCGUCCUCAUUGACCGCAUUAUCCUCUGACGACGAUGACAGUCCCGAAGGCGAGCUCCAGAAUUGGUCCAGCCUGAUUGGCAUCGUCACCGCCAUCUGCGGCAACGUGCUGAUCGCCCUGGCCCUCAACGUCCAACGGUACGCCCACAUCCGGCUGCACCGUAAGAGAGCCCGAAUACGAGAGCGCGCGAGGCAGGCCACACGCCAUGCAGGUGCCGGGUCACAGGGCCGGGGUUCGGGACAGUACGGGGCCGCCAUCUCGUCAAGUCGCGCUUCCAAUGGCACCUUCAAUGGCGCGCUCGACCGGUACGUCGGCGCCCGGUACAACGCCGAGGAAGACGCCCGCGACUCGUCCGAGACCGAACCCCUCGCACAGUCCUUCCACUCGGAUGGCUCGGACGGCGGCGACGGCGACGGCGACAACGGCGACUACAGCAACUUUGAUACGCCAUCCAAGAUCUCCACCUCUUACCUAAAAGACCCCUACUGGUGGCUGGGGCAGGUCUUGAUCACGAUCGGCGAGAUGGGCAACUUCUUGGCCUACGGCUUCGCCCCGGCCUCCAUCGUUAGCCCACUCGGGGUGGUGGCCCUGGUGUCGAACUGCGUGAUCGCGCCCAUCUUCUUCAAGGAGGUCUUCCGGCAGCGGGACUUUUGGGGCGUCAUCAUUGCCACCACGGGCGCCGUCACGGUCGUGCUGAGCGCAGAGACCGAGGAGACAAAACUGGGGCCGCACGAGGUGUGGGAUGCUAUCACGACCAUGGAGUUUGAGAUCUACAUGGCCGUCAGCUGUGCCCUCAUCGUGUUGCUCAUGUGCCUGAGCCCCCGGUACGGCCACAAGACCAUCCUGAUUGAUCUCGGCCUCGUGGGGCUGUUUGGCGGCUACACGGCCUUAUCCACCAAGGGCAUCUCCUCGAUGCUGUCUUCGACCCUGUUUGGCGCCUUCGCCACGCCGGUCACCUACGUCCUCGUGUUUGUCCUCCUGUUUACCGCCAUCAUGCAGGUCCGCUACGUCAACAAGGCGCUCCAGCGCUUCGACUCCACCCAGGUCAUCCCAGUCCAGUUCGUCCUAUUCACCCUGAGCGUCAUCAUUGGCAGCGCCGUCCUCUAUCGCGACUUUGAGCGCACCACCGCCCAACAGGCCGUCAAGUUCAUCGGCGGCUGCCUCUUCACCUUCUUUGGUGUCUUCCUCAUCACCAGCGGCCGGCCGCGGCAGGACGACGACGAGGAGCCCGCCCUCUCCGAUGCAGAGGGUAUUGAGGAAACCAUUGGGCUUGCGGAACAGGACCGCGCAUCGCCCCCGACCCCGCCCCAACCCCGCCGCCGCCGUGCGGCCUCGCGGGCAGACGGUUCUUCUCGGGCCUCGCGGGUCAGCUUCUCGGACGUUGACGAGCACAUCUCCGACCAACGCACCCCCCGCUCAACCCCGAGCCUCCGGAAACACUUUGUCGACAGCCGCCAAUACCAACCCCACUUCGAGGACGAAGAUGAUGACGAGCAAGCCCUCUUGCUGUCUAACCCCUGGCAAGAG